CUGGCAACAACUAUUGAGUUAUGUUUAUAUUUAUAUUCCGUGCAAUGCAAAACAAUAUAAUAUGCGGAAAAUUACUCUUAAACUACGAAGAUAAUCAUAUCAAGGAAUAAUUGAUUAAUACUCUGAAUUUUUCCUUAGACAAUGCAUUCUUUUGAAGUGAAUACUUCUAAUGUCCCAGCUUUUCUUAUAAAGCUGUGGAAGUUAGUUGAAGACCCAUCAUGCGACGAUUUAAUUGCCUGGAGUGAUAAUGGUUUAAGUUUCAUCAUAAAAGACCAGGCAAAAUUUGCCAGUGAGCUGCUCCCUCAGUACUUUAAACAUAGUAACAUGGCAAGCUUUGUUCGGCAAUUGAAUAUGUAUGGAUUUAGAAAAGUUAUGAACUAUGAAAGAUCAGGAUUAAGGACUGACAACAAUGAGAUGGAGUUCCAGCAUUCUUUUUUUCUUAGAGAACAAAGUGAUCUUCUAGAACAUAUUAAAAGAAAGAUUCCAAAUACAAGAGUCAUUGCUGAGCCUCAUUCAAAAUCAAAUGCUAAAGAUAUAUUAACUGAUCUUACUUCUAUUAGAGAUAAGCAAGAUAGUAUGGAUAACAUGCUUAUGAAAAUGAAACAAGAAAAUGAACUCCUGUGGAAAGAAUUAACUAAUAUGCGACAAAAGCAUAAACAACAAGAACAAGUUAUAGAAAAAGUUAUUCAUUUUCUGGUUCAAGUUAUAAGGAAUCAACCUGUAGGUGUUGGUAUACAAAGAGCAGCGAGAAUGCUUCAUGACAGUCCAAGUUAUAAAGGAAAAGCUUCUCAGAUUACAACUGUUGAUUUCCUCCGAAAAAAUCCUGAAUGCAUAAUAGUCCAAGAUAAAAAUUCCCCUAUACCUGUCAUCCAUGAAGUUGAAGAAUUUGAAGUGGAAGAACCUUUAAGUGUUGAAACUUGUAAUACAGCCUCUUCAUCCAAAACCCUUACCCCAGUCUCCAUUAGCAAAAACCCAAACAUUAUAUCUCUUUCUCCUGCUAUCAACCCUCCUAGAGAAAAUAAAAACUCAAUUAAUAAUACUAAUGAAAAUCUACUUGAAACCUCCAGUUUGAGUAGUUCUGUUGAGUGUGGACUACCUUUAAGUAUUCUGGAGCCACUGCAGACAAGCUCCCCAACUGUUAAUGCUGAUAACAAUGAAGAAUCAGUUUUAGGUAUACCUCUGGAAUACAUAACAGCCAGUGAUGUUGCUAAUGCUUUUAAUGCAGCUUCAAAUAAAAACAUUAUUACCAUGCCUGCUAAAAGUAUAAUCAAAAAUGUAAUCUCAAUUCCAGAGAAAGAGGACUCUAGUGAAGUUACAACAGUUCCUGAUGGAAUCAACAUCUGUAAUGUUAUAACGAUUCCCGAUAGUAAUGACAUUAGCCACAAUAUUAAGAUUCCUGAAGAUAAUGAUAUCAGUAAUGUUAUUUCAAUUCCUGAAGGAACUGAUAUCGGUAAUGUUAUUUCAAUACCUGAAGGAACUGAAAUCAGUAAUGUCAUAUCUAUUCCUGAAGGAAGUGAUAUUAGUGAUAUUAUAGCUGGUGCAAAUUCCCAAAAAGUAAAAAAGACUUGUAAUAUUCCUGAAACUACAAAGUCUGAUAAAACUGAGAACUCUUUAGCAAUUUCAGAUUUCUAUGAUCCAACAUCUUGCCUCAUUGACUUGAAAGCGAAUUCUUUAGACAAUAUAAGAAGUCCUCUUAAUGUCUCUUCGAAACGUGAUUUUAUGGAUCCAUUAAUGUCAGAUUCUUUGAAUACUCCUCAAGUAAGUUUGGGUGAAGAGGUAGCACCAGAUUUCACUCUUGCAAACUCUCAAAAGGAUGCUGAAAUGAGUAUAGCUGAACGGGAACAUGAUUAUCCUAUAUCAUCUGUGGCUUCUAAUUCAACUAAAUCAGAUAAUUUGAAAGGACGUUCAUGGGAAGAAGUUAGUGACCGAAUAGCUCAUUCUUUGAAAGAAAAUACUUUUUCAAAUCACUUGUUGAUUGUCGAAGAAGAGUUGAACAGGCUUCAAGACAUUGCUACAAAUUCUUGGGAUGUGGAUACAGAUAAAUUAUUAGGGUUAUUCAGUUCUGAUGGCAUGGUGAGCAAUGACUCAUUUGUUGAUCAAUUAACUGAUGGCAUAUCUAUUAAAAAAGAGCCAGAAGAUAUUUUAGAUGAUGAACUUAUCCAAUUAACCCCUCAAAUGCUUGGAGUGGAUAUAGAUGAAUUGCGAUCACCUUUUCUUGAUCAAUUGGAUCAAUCUGACAAUCUUCCUGACAUAUUACCUGAUAAAAAGCCUGAAUUGCUUGAUGGAUUAGAAGAUACUGUAGACCAUAAUGUAAUACUUGAAGAAUCUGAUGUAUUUAAUAACGGCGAGACAAGUUCCCCUAAUAAACGUCGUAAAAAUUCCAAAACAACUAAGGGUAAACGCCGCAAAUUAAAGUGAAUUAACCGUAUUUCUGUUUUUGCUUUGGGAAGUAUAAUAGCACUCAAGUUCAAAGGCAUGCUAUGCUUAAAAUUACUCCAGGGUUAUGAUGCACAAGUUGUUUGUACUAGUUACAUUUCAGAGAUUUGUUUCUCAUUAUAAUGUUAUGUCUUUAGACUUUGUAAGUCUAAGUUUUGUUGUAAAAGUUAAUCUUCAAUUUACUAUUUUAAAGAAGUAUGUGUUUAAAUGGUAAUCACAAUAAAUCUUUUUUUGGAUUUAUAUGUUUAAAAUCCUUGUUACCUGAAAAGUAAUUAAGGGGAAUGUCUUUCAUUUUAGGUAUUUAACAAAUGGAAAAUCAUUACAUGUAUAUAAAUUUAUUGCUGGUUAGAAAAAAUCGACUUUCUUAAUUUAUUUUAAACUUCAAUAACUCAAAGUAGUAGUGUAAGUCCAGAAAAAAAAGUGGAAUUUUCAAACUAUUUUCGCAUAUUGGUAUAAUGUUUUAACAAAGGAACAUUUUUUUAAUAUUAUUUAUAGUAAAAAUUUGUAGUUUAGGUAAAAUUUAAAAAAAAAACGAACUUUUUGAGAUUUUUUUUCUUUUAAAAACUCUCCAAAAUGUUUGAGUUCACUAAAGACCACAUUUUCUAUAAAUCAGUGUGUAGUCCAAUGUUUAGUUUGCCAUGGAUCAACCAAACUUUAGCAUAGGAUUGUGAGGGACAUAGGAAGGAAAACGAAAUUAUUCAUAUAAUUUGUUUAAUAUUUAAAUUUAUAUUAAGAGAUUUGCAGAGGGAAUUUAAUAAGUUUAGGGAAAUGUUUUUUAGAACUCAUCUUACAGAAAUUUUCAGGAAUAUCAAAAUUUUUAGUAAACGUCUGCCUGACGAUCACAAAAAUUGUCUGGUGCCGCUGAUGUAAACUUUUUUUUUGGGGGGGGAGACUAAGUUUUAUUACUUUACUUAAAGUAGUUAGAAGAAUAAACUAUUUUUUUUUUAAAUGUUGCAUUAAGAUCACUCAGUAAGAAGGACAAGAACCAAUAAAGAUGAAUAUAAGGGAUUCAGAUUAGACCCCACUGCUAUAUAUGAUGUCUGAUAGCUAUAAAAUGAAAAUAACAAUUUUUUCCCCUUAUUUUUUAAAUUUAAGUAUGGCUUUUAAAAGAGUUGCGAACUUAACUCAUAAAAGAGGUUUUAACUACCGUAAAAAUGGACAGAAAUUAUGGGUAAGUUUCUGGGUAAAAUUAUUUUUUCCCCUGGAAGUCUUGGCUGAAAAAUAAUUCAAAUUAACAAAAUUUCCAAGUUGUUGUUUUUUUUAAUAUUUUAUUUAUUCAUUUAUUUUUUUAUGAAAGAAGUCCUUCUUAAAAAUUUUUUCAGAAGCAAUAAUUACUUCUGAUAAUAAAAAAAAAUGACUUAUUGAAUUUUGAUUAAUGGAAAAAUAGUCUUAAGUUUUAGCUUAUGCAUUUGGCUGGAAACUUAAACUUGUCUUAAUAGAACACUAUACUAGUGUAUAACAUAGUGUUAUAUAUUUAUUUUAUUACAUUUAACAAUUUCCGUUACAAUUAUGAGUAAUACAGGCGAACAAAAUUUAUUGGAAAAAUAGUAGAAUUAAAACCCUAUUACCCAGAUUGAUCUUAAAAUUACUAUUAUUAACUCAAAAAUCGAGUCACAGUUAUUCGAGUUAUUGAAGUUUGAUUAUUAUUUAAUACUUUUUGUUAAAAUUAUUAGUAAUGGUAUAAACAAACAAAAUUAAAAAGAUUUAUACUGAACUUUUCAAAGUUGCAAUUAAUUUUAUUCCGAAUCGUUGGAAUUAAUAAGUUUCUUAAUUGUCAGAACUAUUGAAUGGGAAAUCAUUACUCAUAAAAAAAAAAAAAAUUUGCCAGCGAGAAAAAUGCUAUUUUUAUUAUGUAUGACUUUUUGUUAAAGCUCUAAGAGACAUGUAUUUAUAGAAAUAUCUAAAAUUGAAUUGAAAAAAUUUUGCCAGCCAGAAAAAUGCUAUUUUUAUUAUGUAUGACUUUUUGUUAAAGCUCUAAGAGACAUGUAUUUAUAGAAAUAUCUAAAAUUGAAUUUGUUUAAAGUAAAUUUUUUUUUUGAGUGAAUGUAUAGAUAAAUUAUAUAGCAGAUAUAUAAGAUUGAGUGCAAAAUUAUUACUUGUAUGUUAAUUUAAUGUUGAAAGAUGAAAAUUCAUUUAUUCCCAUUUUAAACAGUAAUAAUAUUUUAUCAGUAAUAUAAGCAUUUGGUUUUUAAAUGCAAUAUCAGUAAUGUGUGCAAAUAUUUUUAAAAUUAAAAUACAUUAGAAUUAAUUAGGUUAAAAUUGCCAUAACUUUUUCUAAAGUCUGUAUACAUUUUAUAACAGCUUAGUUAAUGAAACAAAUCAGUGUUUUUAAUAUGCCUUCUACUUUAAAGUUUAAGCUCUAAGCUUUGAAAGUUCAUUGAUAUUAAUUAAUAAAAUUCCUCUCGGGGGCUAUUCUAGUUUAGUCUAAUUUUUCAAAACAUAACAAAUUUAUUGCAUUUAGUGAUAGACUUAGACGUAUUAAUUUCAUUGAUAUAAGUAUUUUCUAUGAACAUUUUCUGUACUUAUUAAGAAUAAUAUUUGUAAAGUUUUUUUUUCUACAUAUUUUUUGUACUUAGCUUUAUUAUUUUCUGAUAAGGUAAAACUACAAUGGUAACUAUUUUUGUUAUUCGUGUUGGUUAUUGAGUUCAAUAUGAAGAAAUUAAUGGAAAUGUCAGGUUCCAAAUAAUAUGUGAUAAAUCCUUCAUGGUAAUUAGAGAUAUUUUUAAAGAUACAUUAACAAUUUUUCAUUGUAUACAUGAAAAAUAACAUGAUAUUAUGGACAAAAUUUCUGUAAUUGUAAGGUAAUUUUGUUUCUGAUUUCAUGAUGUAAAAUUCUGUUUCCUUGCGAACUAAUAAAUAUUUUAAAGGAA